AUGGUCUCGCGCCCCCAGAGAUCCCGCCCGACCUGUACCUCUGCCGGCAGAGUGACCGCCCAGCUGCUGCUGUCAUUCCUCGCCAUCUCGCCAUCUCCCGCCCUCGCCCUGCAGUCACAGCAUCAACAGGCCCAGCUCGUGCUAGACGACUCGCCCAUACUAUCGCCUCUGGUCCCAGAGCCACCACAGCCCGCCGAGCACACCUUCUCAUUACGUCACAUCCUCCACCACGGCACCUACCGCCACCCCGGCCUCCAUCGCCGCCGCGACGUUGUCAACCCCGACGUCCAGGUCUGGCUCGCGGCCGAGGAUGGGCACGCAGCCGAGCGGAUACCGCCGCUCAAGGCAAAGAGCAAGCCGCGCAAGAUCGAGCGUCUGGUCGAUAGGCGGCCCGAGGUCGUCGACCCCAUGGUGGCCGAGGCCCGCCAGAGGGGAUACGUGCUAGCCGGGCUGCCCUCGGCCUGGUCCGUCGAUGACGUGCCGGGCCCGGACGUCACCGACAAGGGGACCGUCCUCAGCAUGGCCUUGGUCGCCGCCAACGCCUACGUCGAGAAGCCGGGCAUGCCCGACUGGGAGGAGGUUGGUGCGCCCUACAACCGGAGCGCCGACUUCGGCUGGGAGACGGAUGGACUACGGGGCCACAUCUGGGCCGACGAGACCAACUCGACCGUCAUCAUCGGUCUCAAGGGGACAUCGCCCGCCGUCUUCGAUGGAGAGGGGACGACCACGAACGACAAGGAGAACGACAACCUGUUCUUCAGCUGUUGCUGUGCGCAGCAGGGCCAGUGGUCGUGGCACCAGGUCUGCGACUGCGCCACGAGCACCUACAGCUGCAACAACACCUGCGUCGUCCAGGCACUGCGUGCCGAGAACCGAUACUACCAGGCCGCCCGUGAGCUCUACGCCAACGUCACCGAGAUCUACCAGGGCUCCAACAUCUGGGUCGUCGGCCAUUCGCUCGGCGGUGCCGUCAGCUCUCUGCUCGGCCUGACAUAUGGCCUGCCCGUAGUCACUUUCGAGGCCGUCCCCGAGGCUCUGGCGGCGGGCAGGCUGGGCCUCCCUGUCCCGCCGCACGCCGACCCCCAAUAUCCGCAGACCCGCGAGUACACGGGGACGUACCACUUCGGACACACGGCCGAUCCCAUCUACAUUGGGACCUGCAACGGAGCGACGGCUUCUUGCUCGUUUGCUGGGUACGCGCUGGAGUCGGCAUGCCACUCGGGAUAUGAGUGUACCUACGACACGGUAGCAGACAAGGGCUGGCGCGUGGGCAUCGGCACCCACAAGAUCCGAUCCGUCAUCAACGAUGUGAUUAAGAAGUACGACACCGUACCCGAGUGCAAGUUCACGCCCGAGUGCCGAGACUGCGGCAACUGGAAGAUGUACGAGAGUAACAGCACCGACGGGACCACCUCGUCCAGCAGCUCCACGAGCUCCAAGACACGCACCCGGACCGCAACCUGCAAGACGCCCGGCUGGUGGGGCUGCCUCGACGAGACGACAACCACGACAGGAACUUCCACGUCGACGUCCACCACGACGACGUCGACGUCUACCUGCAAGACUCCUGGAUGGUUUGGCUGCAAAGAUGAGACUACCACCUCGAAAACGGCCACCAGUGUACCAAGUGCCACCAUCACCACGGCCACGAGUACCACGACCUACCCCGAGCCGACGACGCAGCCCAACAGGGGCAAGGGCCGCUGCCUCAAGCGCGGCUGGUUCGGGCUCUGCAAGAAGUACGAGGGCGACGAGGCCGAGGACCCGGCCACGCCCACGGCCCCGCGGAACGAGGAGAUUUAG